UCGGCUAGAGUAUUUGUGUGGCUGUUUUCCCUGAGGGUUCAAGCAGGGGUAUUUUGGCCCAAAGGAACUCGCAGAGAAGUGGCUCUGAGGCCCUGCAACGAGGAGGGAGAGGGAGAGCCAGGGAGGCCAGUCAGGGAGUGGUCCCCGUGCCUGGGCCUCAUGCCCGCUGUGUCCCCUGUGUGAUCGGUCCUAGGGGAACCUGGUGGCCGUGGGCACGCACAAGGGCUUCGUGCAGAUCUGGGAUGCGGCCGCGGGGAAGAAGCUGUCCAUGCUGGAAGGCCACACGGCACGUGUCGGGGCGCUGGCCUGGAACGCUGACCAGCUCUCGUCUGGGAGCCGGGACCGCAUGAUCCUGCAGAGGGACAUCCGGACCCCACCCCUGCAGUCGGAGCGGCGGCUGCAGGGCCACCGGCAGGAGGUGUGUGGGCUCAAGUGGUCCACAGACCACCAGCUCCUCGCCUCGGGGGGCAACGACAACAAGCUGCUGGUCUGGAACCACUCAAGCCUGAGCCCCGUGCAGCAGUACACAGAGCAUCUGGCGGCCGUGAAGGCCAUCGCCUGGUCCCCGCACCAGCACGGGCUGCUGGCCUCUGGCGGCGGCACAGCUGACCGCUGCAUCCGCUUCUGGAACACGCUCACGGGGCAGCCGCUGCAGUGCAUUGACACGGGCUCCCAGGUGUGCAACCUUGCCUGGUCUAAGCACGCCAACGAGCUGGUGAGUGUGGGGCUGGGUAGGGCCC